AUGCCUCACCCUACCCCACUCGCCUCGCUUCAGGAACAAAUGACACAAAUGAUGGAAAUGAUAAGAAUCAUGAGUACAAGACUGGAAGCAUUGGAAGCUCGAUCUAGGCCUACUCAGCCAGCCACUCAGCCAGCUCACCAAGUCACUCAGCAAGCCACUCCCUCAGUCGCUCAGUCUGAUACUUCACAAGAGGAGGAUAUUGCGGAGAAAAGUGCGGAGACAGUCAGCAGCAGCAGCGAUACAACAGACCUGCUCUCCACGAUCUCACACCAGCCCGAUACUCAGCAAGAGGAGGAUCCACUACAGGCAAAUGCGGAGAGCACUGCGGAAAAAUCAAGCGACAGCAAGGCCCCCAGCACCAAGAACACGGCUCAGCUCUCCAAGAUCCCACGUCAUAUGCCCUCCACGAUUCCACACCAAACCAUCACUCAGCAAGCGGAGAACACCACUGCAGCUUGGCCUAUCAUCCCCACUACAUCAUUGUGGCACACAAUCACUGAGUUGAGCAUAGAAGAGAAGGACCUACUACGACGGUCACAGCCAAAUCACUAUGGCUAUGGCAAUUGGACCUCUGCAGGCAAGGGUCUCUUCAGGAGGAAGAUCGGACGAUGCAUAUUUGGACGAAUUGAAACCGCUUUCACUGCGGCAGGAGAACUUAUGGGAUUCACACCACUAAUUGGCCUGGUGUCUCCAUUCCUUUCCGGCAUUUCGAAAACUCACUCAUUCAUGCAUGCAUACUUCUUGCCAUGA